CAUUCUUAAAACGCUGUCAGGACAAUCCCGUUAUUUUUAAUUGCCCGCAUCCCGUAACUCCUCAGCCUUUUGUCGUAUCGUUCCUUUCGCUGUUCGUAGGUGGAAACUUUCCCGUCUGAUUGCUGCCCCCCCGUAGCUGUAGCGUCUUUCCUUUUCCUCCCUUUUUUCCCUCCGCGUUUCAUUUAAACAAUGGAAUCUAUUCGCCCUCAGCGACUUCAGCCGGGGAUCGGAUUUGGAGCUGGCUCGACCGGGACGCUGCGCUCCUCGCUCCGGCCUGGGGUCACCGUCCCCACCGCUCCUCCGCAGCCACCCUCGGUGUGCCUGUCGGCUUCCUCCGGGCCGCCCCCGCCUCCGCCGCCGCUGCAGCUGCACAGCCUCGGGGUCGGUGUGAUGGGGAGCAGCGGUCUGGGAGCGGCGGGGAUGGCGGGGCUCGGACUCUGCAAUCCGGGGAACCCGACUGUGCUGCGGGAGGCGGUGGAGGCGGUGGUGAGAAGCUUCGCUAAGCACACCCAAGGAUAUGGCAGAGUGAACGUGGUGGAGGCCCUGCAGGAGUUCUGGCAGAUGAAGCAGUCGCGCGGGGCCGACCUCAGGAACGGGGCACUGGUGGUCUAUGAGAUGGUGCCCUCCAGCAGCCCACCCUAUGUCUGCUACGUCAGCCUCCCCGGGGGCAGCUGUUUUGGCAGCUUCCAGUUCUGCCCCACCAAGGCUGAAGCAAGGCGCAGCGCGGCCAAGAUCGCCCUGAUGAACUCUGUCUUCAACGAACACCCCUCCCGCCGCAUCACGGACGACUUCAUCGAGAAGAGCGUGUCCGAGGCACUCGCCUCUUUCAACGGUAACAGGGAGGAGGCCGACAACCCAAACACAGGCAUUGGUGCAUUCCGCUUCAUGCUGGAGUCCAACAAGGGCAAGUCCAUGUUGGAGUUUCAGGAGCUGAUGACCGUCUUCCAGCUGCUUCACUGGAACGGCAGUCUGAAGGCCAUGAGGGAGAGGCAAUGCUCUCGGCAGGAGGUGCUGGCUCACUACUCACACCGGGCGCUGGAUGAUGACAUGCGCACCCAGAUGGCUGCUGAUUGGGUGAACCGGGAGCAGAGCGUGGCGAGCACCAUCGCGCGGGAGCUAGCCGCCACUGAGCGGGAGCUGGAAGAGGCGCGCCUGGCCGGCCGGGAGCUGCGCUUCCACAAGGAGAAGAAGGACAUCCUGAUGCUUGCUGUCGGACAGCUGGGCAACGCCAACUCCGCCACCCUGCCCGCCGGCUGCUAGAUGCAGACCUGAGGGAACAGUGGAAGCCCACCUUUGUUAAUGAUUGUACAAGACAGCGCUGUAGCCACAGAUCCAGAAAAUACACUUCAACAGCUAGAGCCCAUUUACUGGAUGAAAGAUUAAAAUGUGUAUAAAAUAAGCUUAUUCAAAAUGCAUGCAAACUAAAUUCAGCACUUGGGAAUUUUACUUACACAAAAAUGUUCCAAGGGCAGAAGGAAAAAUGAUUGGUUCAGGGAGAUAAUCAAUCAGAUUGUAGAGGAGGUGGGUCCAACCAACCAGAAGAGGUGGGACCAAGACAUCUGAUUGGUUGGUCCCACCUCCUCUAACUUCUUGGACUCACCUCCUCAAAUUUGG